GCCGUUAUUCUCGUGAAAUACCAAUUGGCAUGCCGUGUUCCAUCAGGCAGACAACCGCAAGUUGUCUUAUAUCACCCACGACAUUGAGAUUUAAUCCUGCAUGCACAUCAGUGAUGCGUUAUUCGACACUUCCCUGUGGGUAUUCAAGUUCAUGACGGUUGCAAUCUCUUAUUCUUAAUUCGAUCUCCAUUAUCUGACCAUGGCUUCAUCCACUGAAUGGGACCUUGAAUCCCUGGCGUCCAGCACAUCCUCGUCUCCAUCUUCCUGUGACGAAGAUGAAGUCAACGCUCGCGUUUCCCCUGACUGGGCGAAAUACCGCUGUCACAUCGAACGCAGGGGCUAUCGUCUGGACACCGUCCGUGAUGUAAAAGAUCAUUACCGGCACCAUUGCAGCAACAUAGAGAAGCAAGGGCUGCACGUAUAUUUGUCCGGCUAUCACCGCGCCCUUGCCAGGAGCGACGAAGAUGCUCUUUGCAAAGAUGUUGGUCUGCGAGAAAGCCUAUUCAGAGCCACCCGUUGUCUUGAUGGGAUGAAGGUGAUGGUCAAAGCAGUCCAUCGUGAUAGCAGGGAGCUUGAUAUCGUCCGGUAUCUGUCUGCGCCAGCUCAACAAUGUGAUCCCAUGAAUCACUGUAUACCUAUUCUUGACCUCAUCGAUGCACCCCAGGAUAAUCUGUGUUUCAUCGUUAUGGAGGAAUGGUCAGCAAAUAUGUUCCCAGAAGCUCCAACUAGUCUCGGCUGCCUCAUGGAAUCUUUGCGCCAUUGCAUAGAGCAUAUCACAUUCAUGCAUCGUCAUCGCAUCGCACACUUUGACAUCUCGCCGCGCAACUUCCUCACGGAUUAUAACGGACGUUAUGCUUGCAUAGAUUACGAGCUCAGUCGCCGAAUAGAUGAGGUAUCUUGUCCGCGGAUAUUAUACUCUCGGGGGUCGGAGAUCCCACCAGAAACUGAACAUGGUCGGCUAAGUAACCCGUUUAUGAUUGAUGUAUGGGCACUAGGGGUUCUCGUUUUCAGAGCGUGCGAGCUCGCUGAGUUUCACGUUCCCGAACUUGUGCAUCUAGCCAAAUCGAUGCUUCAUGAAAACCCUGACAAGCGGCCACCGGCCCCUUCAGUGCUGAAGGAAUUUCAACGAAUACAGGCGAUGAUGAGAAAAACACCACAUAGCCAUCACAUCUCUCCCUAGCACGCUAUUCUUUAGUCACAUUUGGACUCAACAUCAAACUCGGCAUUGGACAUUCAUUAGUUGACA